UUUGUUUGUGUACGCCUGGUCGAAGAUUUCAUUUCGCAUGAAAACAAAUGUGAGUCUUUAGAAACAUUGUUGUUGCUAUUCGUUUCUAUUAAGUUUUUAAGCUGUGCUUUGCAAUAUUGUGAAAAAGUUAGGUAAGUUCAAUUAUAUAAAACCUCUUGUAUAUAUUUCUGACUGAUAUUUCAUAGCUCCCAGCAUCUACUGCAUGGAUCCCUCCGGUGGCAAAGCUUCCCCAACAGCAUCAAGCGACGGAGAUCAGGAAGAUGACACGCAGGAUGGGUACAUUGUGGAGGCCUUGGAUGGUGACUAUAUCGUUCCGGAAUAUGUGUACGACGACGCCUUGGACGGAGAUGAUUCGAAAACGAACGAUGACAGUGGAAUUGACCCGACAUUGCUCCCAGGUCCCUCAAAUCAAAGCCGAGAAUCCAAAAGAGUCAAGUUGAGUGAAGGUGCGACUAAUUUCAUCUUCAACGGACAGUUUUACAGGCGAAAAUUUGUUGGGGAAACAUCUGGUGCAUUGAUAGCGACGCGAAAGAUUUUGGGGAACACCGUUAAUGAUAUUUUAACUGGCAUAUGGGAAGCAUCAAAGUCUGUUUUGUGCCGAGAGGUGGUUUUCAUUGAAAACAAUGGCGUGCAAGUUCCAACAUGGGCUGAUGAAGAGCCAGUUUUUGAAGACAUGAAUAAGUUCAUCGUUCUGCAGGACCAAAGCCAGAAAAAACGUGUGAACAUUGACAAGGUGAAAAGCAAACUUCUUGCUAGCUGGCGAUCAAAGGAAAUCCGUGUUCACGUGCACGUUUACUCUACUUCAGUUUCCUGCAAGUCGCUAUGGGAAGCUGUCGAGAAGCAGCUAGUACGGCAUCAGAACUCAGACAGGUCAGGUGCGCCUAGUAACCAGGCUGUUACUUUGCUGGCUGAGGAACUUCGACGCAAGCAUGUUAACCAGUUCCAAGGUCAAUCGAGUGCGUGGAGAUUGUGGGCAAACUACAUUCAUGCAGGGCCGGCUCACGAACGCGAACGUAGAACGUCUGAAAUGCCGCCACAACAUCUUCUGAAAUUCUUUCGAAGCGUCCCGAUAUCCGAAGCUGUAACACUAGAGUCUGUUCGAAGUGGACUGUCAGUGGCAAAUACAAUCAAUCAAGGAUUUUCAUCGGAGUUAGAAGCGUUGGAAGAAGAUGCUGACCAGUUACUUUGUUUGGCACAGCGGUUGAAGAAUCGUAUUGCGAAUAUGCGGGCUCGGACAGCAUUGAACUCAAGUCUUGUAGGCGCGAUGAGUUCUGCUGUGAGACCGGAAGAGAAUGAGUUCAGUCGCGCAAUUGCUGAAAAUGUUUCGGAUAUGUUGGAUGUUGAUCACAUGUAA